CGGAUUGAUAUGCGCAAGAGUCGUUGAUUGUCGUCAUUCUGCAGGCUGCGUUCGCGCAACGCGCACGCGUGUUUACAUUCAAAUUAAGAACGAAUUGAUCGUGUUGUAGAUCGAUGUAAUUUGGACAUGUGGAAGACUUUUUAGGACAUUCUAGUGUUUGUUAAUAAUUGUUGUGUUCUAAUUUAUUUACUGGAGGCUGUUGCAGUGAACAUGUUACGAUACGUGGUACCCUUCAUAUUUAUGCUGUCAUCAGCUACAUCAUGGCAGGACGCGAGUCCAUAUCGGUAUACAUCACCAUUCAAAAAAGUUCAUGCAGCAUCGGAGUCACAAAUCAAAUUUGCCAUUGAGAACAAAUACGACGACACAGGUCCGGGAGCUAAACAGCCAGAGUAUGCUUACAGCACGUACAAGAACUUAGAAGAUGCAUUAAUAGCAUACUUAGAUGAUCCAGACACUAAGCUACCCCAGCACGAAAGAAAUAAAGCAAUCCAUAAGCUAAUGCAAUCGCAAUUCUACACUGGAAAUGCACCACUCACCAAAAAUGAAAAUUAUAAAUUCAUCGACAAAUACCAGUUCAAACCUUUGAAUCACGAUUUCAAUCUUUACAAGCCCCAUGCAAACAAGCUGUUCUUCUCAGACGAGGAUAAAACAAGGCCUACAGAUUUUGAGGUGCAAACUCUUAAAGCUGAGAAGAAGCCGGAGCCGUUCAAGUUCCAGAAGAUACAUACGGUGAAGGGCAGUCCCCUGAGCCUGGCGCACUACACCAGGGAUCCUGACCUGAAGGUGGCGUACGACCAAUUUGACUCACACCCCAAGUACACGUAUUCGUAUGGAGUUCACGACAAGCAGACAGGUGACUCGAAGACAGUCCAGGAGAGUCGAGAUGGCGGCAUCGUGACGGGGUACUACAGCUUCAUCGACGCUGAUGGGAAAACACGCACCGUUCACUACACAGCGGACGACAAGCUAGGGUUUAGAGCAAACGUGCAGAAAACUAAUUAGGUUACAACCCUAGUCUAAAAAUGGCGGUGGUACUUUAUUUUAUACAGAUUUUUUUACUUGAACUUGAAAAGAAGAAAGUUGCGCCGUAUGGCUUUAUGUGAACAAUGGAUCUGUUGUUUGUAAAUACUUUAAACGGUUAGAUUCAUAUAAUGAUCGGGCAAAGAGUAACAAUUUGUACUAGUAACUGAAGAGCCAAUCUCUCGUCU